AUGCUGAUCAUUACAGGGGUCAUCACUCCCCUAGUAAGAGCCCUCUAUGAUCCAUCUAAAAAGUAUAUGACCUACAAGAGAAGAACCAUUCUACAGUUGAAGCCUAACACAGAGCUGCGUCUUCUAGCUUGUAUACAUAGUGGAGAUCAUAUCCCAGCCAUGAUGAGCAUUGUUGAAGUCUCCAACCACACCCAACAAAACCCAAUUGGUGUUUAUGUUCUUCACCUAAUAGAGCUUCUUGGCCGUUCAACCACACUCCUCAUCUCCCAUGAUGAAAGAUACAAGACCCCGCCUUCAAAUCUAGUAUCUCUCUCUCAACGUGUAGUUUUAGCCUUCAGAAACUAUGGAAAAAAGUAUAAAGAUAGUCUCUCAGUUCAAUCCUACACCUCUAUCUCUUCCUAUGAAACCAUGGAUGAUGAUGUUUGUACACUAGCACUUAAGAAGAGGGUUUCUCUUAUAAUUAUUCCUUUUUACGAGAAGUGGGCUCCAUUGAGAUCCAUGAAUUCCAAUGUCCUUAAUAAGGCUCCUUGCUCUGUGGCUGUCACUGUUGAUCGUGGGCUCUUGAGAAGCUACAAACAUGCGACGGAAUUCUCUGUUGUUGUGUUCUUCUUGGGUGGGGCUGAUGACAGAGAGACACUUGCUUAUGGUACAAGAAUGGUUGGGAAUGUUAAGGUCAAACUCACAGUGGUUCGCUUCCUCCCAUACCAGAAAGCUUGGGAGUCGCAGCUAGACAAUAUUGUUAUGGCUGAUUUCAGGGUCAAGACUUUGGGGAAUGAGAGAGUCACCUACAGGGAAGAAGUGGUUAUGGAUGGUGGGAAGACUGUAAGUGUUAUUAGAUCUAUGGAGAGUGAUUACCAACUUAUAAUGGUGGGUAGAAGGCAUGAGGAGGAAUCACCAUUGAUAGAGGGACUUUUAGAGUGGAAGAAUGAGGAGACUUUGUUAGGGCCAAUUGGAGAUUACUUUGCUUCAUCAGAUUUCCAAGGGAGUGCUACGGUUAUGGUGGUGCAACAACAAACCAAUGUGGUUCCAGGCUCUUCUGAUGACAACCUUGAGGAUCUGAUACCACUUGAGAUUCGAGCGAGUCAUGAUCAAGAAGGAGGAAGUAGAAGAGUUCUAAUUCAGAAAGAAUAA